AUGGCUAGUUUAGAUGAUAGUAUAAUUUCAGACCAGAACUUAAUGUUGCUGGAUAACGUAACAAAUUACACCAGAGCUUCGGUGGAUUAUUUCCAUCAUAAUUUCGAUUACAAUAAACUGGAAAUGUCAGAAACGUGGGCUCUCCUAUUAAAGAUGAGAAAACACAAAUUGUUGCGUUUACCUUCAUGUUCCUCAGAGGAUGAUGACGACUAUUCCAUGUAUUUGAAAAGAUUGCAUCAUUGUCUAUGGAGGCGUUGGGCAAUCCAUGAUUUCCACUUGCAGGACAAGAAACUGGACCCUUUGGCAAUUAAUUGGAAUAAAGAAACAGAUGUGACCGUGUUGUACGGCCCUUCUUUGUCAAAGGAUAUAGAACAACAGAAACAAGAACAAGAAAAUCGACCAGUGGAGCUUUCUUUACAAGGUACACAAGAUGUCGACGAUAUUAAAAGUGUCCAUUCAGACACUCAUUUGGAUUAUUCAUCUUCUUAUGACAGUUUUUCAUCUUCCGUAGAGUCUAAAACGUCGUCAAUAUUUGAUUCUCCUUCGAUUUUGAAAACUAAUUGUUCAGAUUCAUCUGCAUUUUCUUCUUCACCAAAAAGAAAGUCCCUGAAGUUUAAUAGUACGGUUCAUAGAAGAGAUGUCGACCAAAGAGGUCAUUUCUUGGAAUCGGAAAUUGCUAUUAAUGAUACAGAUUCUCAAAUGGAUUCUUAUACGACCUCGUUACAUCAUAACUCGGGAUCUUAUCAUUUUUAUGACUUUAAUUCAAAAGCAGACCAAACGACGUUAUUGUUCGAUGAAGAAGAUAGUGAUGUUAAUUACGUGAGUUCAUUCAACGAUCAACAAUCAAAUGCUGCCUCUUCUAAUGAUAAUCAUCACCAUCACCAUCACCAUCACCAUCAUAAUCAUGUUCGUACAGCUGUACGUCACUGA